UGAGCAGCAAAGACGUUUGGAUCAAACCUGCGAGGCGAGGAGACGUCGUGCUGCGUUUUCUAUUAGAUAUAUACACCAAAUCGAGGGGAAGGGAUUUGCUUUCUCGGGAAUAAACGUGUUUUUAAUUGCUUCUUCACGAUGUGGAACAAAAGGCGCCGAUCAGAGCAGCGCUGCUGGAUUUCUUUUCUUUUGUCUCUGCCGCUGUUUGUGGGAGAGCAGGCUUUGGCUGAAAUACGGUACUCUGUUCCCGAGGAGGUAAAAGAAGGAACCUUUGUUGGAAAUGUUGCUAAAGAUCUCGGGCUGGACAAAGUCUCCUUGAUUGGUCGUCGUGUCCGCGUUGUUUCUGGAUCGAAGGACAUUUUUUUCGAGGUAAACCAGGACAAUGGUGCGUUAGAGGUCCGUCGGAAAAUCGACAGAGAGGAGCUUUGUCAGAGCAGUAACGCGUGCUUUAUGGAGCUAAAGAUAAUAGUUGAAAAUCCUUUAGAAAUGCACCACGUUAUUGUAGAAAUUACUGAUGUAAACGAUCACUCUCCUAGUUUUCCUGAAAAGAAUCAGACAUUUGAAGUGGGCGAGCACACGCCAGCAGGAACACGACUCAGGCUGCACGCAGCCCGUGAUCCUGAUGCUGGAAUCAAUUCUAUCCGCACGUACACACUGACGUCAAACGAACAUUUUGAACUUGAUAUUACUCAAAGCGAUGAGGAUAAAAUUCCAUUUUUAGUUCUUAAAAAGCCAUUAGACCGAGAAAAACAAAGUAAGCACCUGUUAUUUAUUACAGCUGUUGAUGGAGGAAAACCACAAAAAUCAGGGACAUUAAAUAUUUCUAUUAACGUUCUUGAUAUUAAUGAUAAUCGACCAGUUUUCAGUCAGGAUACUUAUCAAAUUGAAAUAGAGGAAAAUGUCCCGGUUGGCACAUCUCUUAUAAAAGUGACAGCAGUAGAUCCGGACGAAGGCAUCAAUGGAGAAAUCGAGUACAGCCUCGGUAAAACAUUGAGAAAAAAAUUGUACAACAUUUUUGAAUUGGAUAUUGAAACAGGGGAAAUUAAAGUGAAAGGACUGUUGGAUUAUGAAGAAUUUGAUAUUUAUAAACUCGAUGUGGAAGCAUCAGAUAAAGGAACACCUCCAUCAACAGGUAGGUGUGGAAUCAUCAUAAAGAUAAAAGAUAUCAAUGACAAUCCACCUGAAAUAGAAAUCACAUCACUGUCAAACACAGUUUCUGAAGAUUCAAAACCUGGUACAGUCAUUGCUCUGAUUAGUGUGACAGAUAAAGAUUCUGGUGUGAAUGGAAAAAUAAUUACACAUAUCAUUAAUAAUGCACCUUUUGAAUUAAAGCCAUCCUAUAAGGAAAAUAUUUAUUCAAUUGUGACAAAAGGAUUUUUGGAUCGAGAACAAAUGUCACAUUAUGAAAUAACUAUCAAAGCCACAGAUUGUGGUGAGCCUCCCUUAUCCACUUUAAAAACACUGAAUAUUCAGAUUUCAGAUGUCAAUGAUAACAGUCCACAUUUUGAACAAAAUCCGUUACAGUUUUAUCUUGUAGAAAAUAAUGUUGCUGGACAGUCAAUAUUCUCUGUAAGUGCAACAGACAAAGACCUGAAUGAUAAUGCAGUUAUUACUUAUCAUAUUGUGAGAGAAGGUCAAAAUGGAAUAAUGUCUUUGCUAAAUAUAAAUCCAGAUAAUGGACACAUUUCAGCAUUAAAAAGUUUUGACUUUGAAACCCUGAAAAGUUUCCACUUCCAAGUUGUGGCCACAGAUUGUGGAACUCCAUCACUGAGCAGCAACGUGACAGUGAACGUGUUCAUUCUGGAUCAGAACGACAACCCUCCAGUCAUCUUGUAUCCAGUCAGUGCUAACGGUUCUGCUGAAGGUGUGGAGGAGAUUCCCCGAAAUGUGAACGCAGGUCACUUGGUGACUAAAGUCAGAGCCUAUGACGCUGAUAUAGGAUAUAACGGCUGGUUACUGUUUUCACUGCAGGAGCUUACUGACCACAGUCUGUUUGCUUUGGACCGCUAUACAGGACAGGUCAGAACACUUCGCUCAUUCACAGAGACAGACGAGGCUGAGCAUAAACUGAUCAUACUGGUCAAAGACAAUGGGAACGUUUCACUCUCAGCAACAGCUACUGUGACUGUCAAACUUGUGGAGCCCAAAGAGGCUUUUGCAGCUUCUGAUGUUAAAGGUUCAGCAAAAGAUGAAGAGGACAGUAAUGUGACUUUUUAUCUCAUGAUCAUUUUGGGCUCAGUUUCCACACUUUUCCUCAUCAGUAUCAUCGUGCUGAUUGCCAUGCAGUGCUCCAAAACCACAGACUAUUCCUCCAAGUAUUUGCAAGAAGCAAAUUAUGAUGGAACUCUGUGCAACAGCAUCCAGUACAGAUCUGGAGAGAAGCGUUACAUGUUAGUUGGACCCAGGAUGAGUACUGGAUCUACUAUAGUUCCUGGGAGCAAUGCAAACACUCUGGUUGUUCCUGACAGGAAGGUCACCUCUGCAGAGGUAAGACAUUAA